AAUACUGAAGCAAAGGCGCAGAGAAAGGCAAAAACUGAAGUACCAGGACUGCCGGCCGCCAAAUCGCAGCUUCCGAUCCCCGUAAGCAGCCAAGCCAGUUGCUGUUCGUCCGCCAGAGAUUUUCCUCGCCGUCCGUCCGGCAGAACGGAAAGCCAGAAAGAUAUAUAUUGGCGAAUUGUAUUUUCAUUAUAUCUCAAAAUCAAACACAGCGGAAGCAAACCCUAAUUUGUUGGAAAGAUCAGAUGGAUGCAAAGGACAUUUUAGGGCUACCGAAGAAUUCACUGUCCAUACCUUCAGAAAAGAAGUCUAGGCCUCCGAAAGAGUCUCAACGCAAACCCGAUGGCAUUUCACGAGAAGUUUACGCCCUUACAGGAGGUUUGGCACCUCUCAUGCCAGCUACUGAUAUCAAUCAUUUGAAAAGACGAACACAGGCAGAGAAUGAAAAGAUUACAUGGCAAUGGCUUCCUUUUACAAAUUCUGCCCGAAAUGACAGUUUGCAACUAUACCACUGGGUGAGGGUUGUAAAUGGUGUUCUGCCAACAGGCGACUAUUCGUUCGCUAAGUAUAACAAGUCAGUGGAUGUAAUUGAAUACACAGAUGAGGAGUAUGAGAAAUAUUUGACAGAUCCUACGUGGACCAAGGAAGAGACAGACCAAUUAUUUGAGUUGUGUAAAAGGUUUGAUCUACGGUUCAUUGUGAUAGCCGAUAGGUUUUCAUCGUCACAUACGGUUGAGGAGCUUAAAGAUCGUUAUUAUACUGUAUCCCGAAUUGUCUUGAAUUCAAGGGCUGCAUCUUCUAUUGAUGUUGCUGGGCAUCCUAUUAUUAAGGAAUCAUACAAUAUGCCUCAAGAGAUUGAAAGGAAACGUGCAUUGUCUAUGAUACUUUCGCAGACAAAGCAUCAAGAGCGCAGAGAUGCAGAGGUCCUUGCUGAAGCCAAGAAAAUAAUAGAAUCCCGUAGAGUUGCAAAGGCUGCUGAAGAUUCAGAGCUACCAAUCAUGUCUGAUACUUGCCCAGAAGGUGUGGAUAGGGCCAUCAAUGUUGAUCCUGUCUCAACUUCCCCAAAUGCUCAAUUUCCCUCUGGCACAAGUGCUGCUCCAAUAUCAGAGACUGCUUCUGCUUUAGCUUCUCUUCACAUGUUGGGGGUAUACUUGCGUACAUAUGCGCUAGAACAAAUGGUGCACGAAGCAAGCUCAUCAGCUGGACUACGGACUAUUAAGCGUGUUGAGCAAACUUUACAAGACCUAGGGGUUAAUUUGAAGCCAAAAGUCCCAACUAAACUUGUAUGUGCUGAGCACCUUGAACUUAGAAAAGAAAUAUUGACCCUUUUAAAUAUUCAGAAACAGUUGCAAUACAAGGAGGCCGAAGGUUCAUCUUAUCGUGAUGGUUCAUAUUCUGAAACUCCUGGUUCACCGCCGAAGCGGUCACAGCGUGGAGUUGAUCAGGAUCGAACAUUCACUCAUGACUUAAGUUUUGGAGGCGAAAGAGUUGGUAAAAGGGAUCAAAAACGGAAGACACCUGGAACUCCCAAAUUUGAAAGCUCACCAGCAACCUCAAAACGGCCACGGAAGUUGAAAUCUUCAGAUGGAUAGGCUUGGCAGUGACAGGUGGGAGAAGAGAAUUUAAUUAUUUUUGAAAGAGCGUUGGAGGGAGUCCAGAAAAGUAAAGAAAAUGGGUGGUGUUGCAGAAGCAGCAGCUACUAGUCAAGAAAGGGGUCGCUGGUUGAGUUGAGGUGUGCAGAGACGAAUGUGGAGGCAGCAGGGUAAGAAAAAUGACUUUAGAUCAGAAAAAUCGUGCUACAAUAGUGAAGUCUGAGAAGCACCCAUAAAAGAGGGGGAAAUGAAAGAUUAUUGAAGUAAACAUUGAAUCUCAAAUUCCAGGUGAAGAAGAAUGGCUUUUUUUUGUUGGGUUUCUUAUUGAUUUUGUCUGUUUUGUUGUAUUGCUUAUUACUUCUUCUCCUAUACUAUACAAUUGGGGAUAUGGAGGAGCUUUGAUGCAAGAUUUUGAUUGUUAAGAGGAUUCAAGCAACAUAAUGUGAAGAUUCAUGUCUC